AUGAAGACUGGUAGCUCAUUAGUGGCUUCUAAGCACAAUUGGCUUCUGUGUGUAGUGCUGGAGAACUACCAGCAUAUCCUGGCUUUGGCAUUUGCUGUAAAGGAGAUCAACAAAAAUCCCCAGAUGCUACCAAAUAUUACACUUGGGUUCAAAAUAUAUGACAGCUAUUUGAGUGCAACGUGGACCUACCAUGCAGCAAUGCAAAUUAUAUCUCCAAAUAAUAAGCUUCUCCCCAACUACAAGUGCGAGAUCCAGGACAAUCUACUAGCAAUUAUUGAGGAACUGAUUGCUGACCUCUCCCAACAGAUACCAACUCUUUUCAGCAUCUACAAGAUUCCACAAUUCAUGCAUGGGUUUGCCAUAGCGAUAACAGAGAACACCAAACUCCAUUCCUUCUACAAGAUGGCUCCAAAUGGAUUCCAUCAGUACAGGGGGAUUCUUGAAUUGCUUCACCAUUUCAAGUGGAGAUGGGUUGGAUUGGUUGCUGCAAAUGGGGAAAAUUUACAAUGGUUCAUGCAGUCAAUCCUUCCAGAAUUUUCCAAGAGAGGCAUUUGUUUUGCUGUAUUGGAAUCAUUCACCAGUUUAUGUUUAUGUUAUGAUGUUGACAAAGGAAGUUUUAUGAAAUGUGCUUUUGAAUUUUGUGACAGAAUCCUGAACUGCAAAGCCAAUGUUUUGGUCUUCAAUGGAGACACACUUUCUAUGAUAAUUUUGAGAUAUGUUCUAAGUACAUUAUUUGAAGAUGCAAUUCAAAAGCCAAAAGGGAAGGUCUGGAUUUUGACAGUUGGGAUGGAAUUAAAAUCUUUUGUCAGCAGAAAGAGUUGGGAUGUGGGAGACUUCCAUGGUGCUUUAUCAUUUGCACUUCACUCCAAUGAACUUCCAGGAUUAAGACAAUUUAUUCAUAGCAGGAACCCUUCCAGUGAUAAAGGAGAUGGUUUUAUCAAGGACUUCUGGGCUCAGGCAUUUCAUUGUACAUUCCAGGAUUCUGUUCUGGGCAAUGCGAGUGGGAAUAUCUGUACUGGAGAGGAGAAGCUGGAGAAACUCCCAGAGCAUGUCUUCCCAAUGACUUUAUCAGGCCACAGCUACAGCAUCUACAAUGCAGUCUAUGCUAUGGCUCAUGCAUUGCAUGCUAUGCAUUCAUCCACAUCCAAAAGCAAGUCAAUGAUGAAAGGAGAGAGAAGGAAGACUCAUAAUCAGCAAGCUUGGCAGCUCCACCAUUUCCUGAACUCUGUGUCAUUUAACAAUACUGCUGGGGAAAAGGUUGUCUUUGACCAGAAUAGGGAGGUAGUUCCAAAAUUUGACAUCAUCAAUUGGGUCACAUAUCCAAACCAAUCUUUCAUUAGAGUGAAAGUUGGAAAGAUGGAUUUCCAGGCUCCCUCAGAUGAGGCAUUCGCCAUUAAUGAGGAUGCCAUUGUAUGGCACAACUGGUUUAACCAGGCACAGCCACUUUCUGUGUGUAAUGACAACUGCCAACCUGGUUAUAGGAAGAACAGGAAGGAGGGGGAGCCCUUCUGUUGCUAUGAUUGCAUCCCGUGCCCCAAAGGCUGGAUAUCUAACAAAAAAGAUAUGGCUGAAUGUUUUAAAUGUCCAGAUGAUCUCUAUGCAAACAAGGACCAGAAUUUAUGUAUUCCCAAGGUUAUAACCUUCUUAUCUUAUGAAGAACCUUUGGGCAUCAGUUUAACCAUCUGUGCUCUUUCAUUUUCUUUAAUCACAGCUCUGAUGAUAAGAACAUUUAUGAAGCACCAUGAAACUCCCAUUGUCAAAGCAAACAACAGGGAUCUUUCCUACGCUCUUCUCACCUCUCUCCUGUUCUGCUUCCUUUGCACAUUUCUAUUCAUUGGCCGACCUGAGAAAUUGACAUGUCUCCUCCGCCAAACUGCCUUCGGCAUUGUGUUUACAAUGGCUGUUUCUUCUGUGUUGGCAAAAACCAUCACUGUGGUUCUGGCUUUCAUGGCCACACAGCCAGGAUCCAGGAGCAAGAAGUGGGUGGGGAAAAGAUUGGCCAGUUCCAUUGUAGUCUCUUGCUCCAGUCUUCAAGCUGCCAUUUGUCUUGUGUGGCUGGCAACCUCUCCACCAUUCCCAGAUAUUGACAUGCAUUCACAGGCUGAAGAAAUCAUACUGGGAUGUAAUGAAUCAUCAAUGAUACUGUUGUACUGUGUCCUGAGCUACAUGGGCUUGCUGGCCAUUGCCAGUUUCACUGUGGCUUUCUUUGCCAGGAAGUUGCCAGACAGUUUUAAUGAAGCCAAAUGUAUCACUUUCAGCAUGUUGGUGUUUUGCAGUGUUUGGUUGUCUUUUGUUCCUUCCUACUUGAGCACAAAGGGGAAAUAUAUGGUAGCUGUGGAGAUCUUCUCUAUUUUAUCCUCCAGUGCUGGUUUGUUAGGCUGCAUUUUUGUCCCAAAAUGCUACAUUAUUUUGUUGAGGCCUGACCUGAAUAACAAGGAGCAGUUCUUAAGGAGAAAACAGUGA